GUCAACAUCUUUCGAAAUGCCACGAAACAGUUUUUCAAAGUGUACCGCCCGUUUCGAUGGACAAAGAAACUACGAGAAGGUGGAAGAAUUUAUUAAUAAUACUUAUAAAACAAUCGAAAACGUCUCAAAUAAAGAUGCAAUUGAAGGAUUAUCUCGGCUGUUUACCGGCACGGCGUCUACUUGGUGGCAAGGGGUUAAAGGCGAGGUAAAAACAUGGGAAACCGCUAUAAAAUUAUUGCGUCAAGCUUUUGCGCCCCAGAGACAGCCGUACGAAAUUUACUUGGAGUUGUUCGCAACAAAACAAGGAGAUCAGGAGUCACUUGAUACAUUCUUGUGUAUGAAGCGCGCACUGUUGGCACAGCUGCCUCCAAAAAGAUAUAAAGAAGAGGAGCAGCUGGACUUGAUUUAUGGUCUCUUAAAUGUUGGUCUUCGCAAGAAUAUUCCUCGUUCUGGAAUCAAAACAUUUGCAGAAUUACUGGAAAAGGGUCGACAUAUAGAAAGCAUCCAAAGAGAGUCGGCACCCCCUAUACAGCAAACAUCUUUUAAGCAAAAACGCUGCACCUACUGCGGUAAGCGUGGCCACUUGUCAGAUGAAUGCCGUAGCAGGAAGAAAGAUGAGAUCGAGGCCGGAAAAAGCAACAUCAUUAAGUGUUAUGGUUGCGGAGAACCAGGUGUACACCUAUAAACAUUU